AUGGCAGAUGGAGACUAUGAUCUCUGGGAUACACUGAAUCUUCAGCCCGGAGCAUCGGUUGACGAGGUGCGUGUGGCUUUCCGAGAGCUUUCCCGCCUCUAUCACCCCGACAAGCAUGCUGCUGGGGGCGAAGGCGAGAAUGCAGCUUUUGUAAGGGUGCAUCGAGCCUACCGCAUACUAAGCGACGAAGCGCUUCGUGGCUUCUACGAGAAGUACGGCUUGUCGGGCGUUCGUCUAGCAGAAAAUCUAUCUGAUGACGAGGGCGCAGCACGCGGGGAAGGUCUCAGCGUGCCAGACGACAGGCUGAAGGACCUGGAAGUCCGCGUACAAAGAUUGGUGCGGAAGCACGAGGAACUGCGAGCACAACGGCUUCUAAGCCUAAAUGGCUCCUUUCUACUGUCUGUUGCUGCAACUGCGAAACCCGGUACGCCUUUGAAACGUCGGUUCCGCUUGCAGUACACAGCGCUGUCUCACUCGGUGCAGAUUCAUCUGUCAGAGCGGUUUCGCCUGUCAGUGGGGUGCGCUUCCCAUGUUCAGUCGAGCAGCGGAGCGGGCGCCGCCAAACUCAUGCUUGCGGCAAGCACCACAGUUGCUCCAGGCACCAAUAUACGCGCUUCCUGUAAUGUCACCGGCUCAUCAGCGGAUGCUGAGCUGUCCGUGGUGCGAUCGCUCUCUCCGCAUUGUACAGUUCGGCAGCAAUUGGGUUUUUCGCGAGAUGGGCGGUACCUUGCGCUGAACUUCAGCCCGUGGCUGACCCGAACUCUGCGCGGAGGUCUUACUGGAACAUUUUCCUCCGAUCCCAGCUUAAGCCUCAACUUGGUCAAGACCAGCCUCUCUUGUGGGCACAGUGCCAAGAUGUUUGUUGAACUGCAGCCUGGAGCUGGUGAGCUCGGCUGUACAUUCAAAUACAAGCCUGUCAAAGGCUUCUCCAUGAAGGUUUCGCCUACGCUCUCCCGGCAGGGCGCUGCACUGCAGUUUAUAUGCACAAAGGCCAGCGCAGAUGCCUUGACGAAGCUGCACUGGGCUUUGCACGUUCGGGCCCACGGCCUGGCGCUGCGGCUCACCUUCUACAGGUGCGGUUUGCGCUUUGUGCUGCCACUGGAGUUGUGGUCAGAGGCAUCUGGCCCUGUCCCAGCCACUGAGCUCGGCCUGGCAGUGCUGUUUUGGGCUGCGCCGCCUUUCCUGCUGCGGCUGUUGCACACUGGCAUCGGCUUGGUCUCCAAGCAAAUUUCCAAAGUGUGGGCAGCGCCCAAGAGCAACACGCCGAAGGCGUCCUGCACGGAGGAUGCUCAGCAGGCAGAGAACGGUCAUCAACGGGCGUUCCUAGCGGGUGAGGCAGCACGUCGCCGGAAGGACGAGGAGGACAUCAACGGCCUGGUCAUAUUGGCUGCACAUUAUGGCCCUGGAUCCGCAUUGCAGAAUGGUAUGUCAAACCAGGGUCUCUCACAGGCUCGAGGUGUGAUUGAUGUCACAAAUUGUUUGAUGGCCAAAGUUCGCGACUCCCGCCUUCAGAUCAGUAGCGCGCCAAAGUCGACGCUUCUUGGCUUCGGGCAGUGCCAGGAGGACAGCGCAGAUCCUGUUUUGCACAUCCGCUACAGAUUCGGAGGCAACGUCUUCAGCCGCAGCUUCGGAGAGCGUGAUGUUGCGGAGAUGGGGGAGCAAUUCCGCUGGAAUCCAUCUGCAGAGCGAAUGGGGCAGAUGCUUCUGCAGGCUGUGUACAUGGAGGAUCAGGUUACCUUAGAGCACCUGAUCAAGCAGAAGGCAAACUUGGAAGCAAGAGAUGAGACAGGUGCCACCGCGUUGCACAUUGCAACCACUCGGAACAUGCCAAGCACCGUCUCCUGGCUGCUGCGACACAGAGCCGACUGCUUUGCCAAAGAUGGCGAUGGAUAUCACGCGCUCACCUGGGCGUGUAUCAAGGGCCACCUGCAGAUCGUCAAGAUCUUGCUGGAGGCCCGGGCCAGCAUCGAGGAGGCUGCCAGCUCUAGCGGUAAGACGCCGUUGUCGCUGGCUGCCGAGCGCGGCCACAAGGAAGUGGUGGAGGAGUUGCUGGCAAAGCAGGCUCGUCUCGAUCAGACAAAUACUGAUGGAAGCACGCCCCUUCAUGCAGCUGCGCACCAGUGCGAAGUAGAGAUUGUAGCGCACCUCCUGUCGAGGAAGUCCAUAGUAAACGUGGCAGACAACGAGGGCUGGACCCCGCUGAUGUAUGCCGUGAACUCCCCUACGUCUGCGCGCGACAGUGUGAGGCCGGAGCUCAAUGAGCGAAAGGUUCACAUUGAAGGUGCGAUAGGCAAGAAGUCCACGUUGGAACUGCUGCUGCUCCACAAGGCUGAUGCUAACGUACAGUCAGUGGAGGGUCUGAGCCCCCUGAUCAUCGUCUGCGCAUAUGACCGUCCUCAUGCAGUGAAACAGCUGCUGGAUGCCAAAGCUCAAGUCAAUAUGGCUACUGCGAAAGGCCAGUCUGCCAUGUUGAUGGCCGCAGUGAAUGAUCUGCCGGGAGUGGCUAAAGCUCUCAUCGUGGGCAAUGCGGACGUGAACCAGGCCAAUGGCAAGGGUGAAAGCCCAUUAUCUGUUUCAGAAAAGAACGGCUUCCGAGAGGUUGCCGACCUUCUGAAGAGUGCUGGCGCCUUGCCCCCAAAGGGUGGCAAGAAGAAGGGCCGCAAAUAG